AUGCAAACAUUGAGUCCAGCCACAUUCUUUAUCGUCAUGUUGGCCUUCUUCGACGGAUCAACCUUGAUUGUGAGACUCAUAUACCAUCAACUUUACAAGUUCCAGAUUCCAAUAUUAGAAAUAGGCUGCAAAAUGGAGUUAAUCGUCCCGUACCUGGUAACACUGGCUAACUGGAUGCUGGUGUUGAUCUGCAUCGAGCGGUUUAUAUCUGUGUGCUACCCCCUAAAGAAGCUCUCACUGGUCACCAAAACCAGAAGCUACGUCUGUGUGGGUGUUUUAUCGGUAUUUUUCCUUGUACUUUACUCAGUUAUCUUUGGUAUUACAACAACGACACAUGAAAAUAAAUGUGGAAUAAUUUUUGAAUAUGACCACUUUAUCCGCAAUUACUGGUACUUCCUUAAUGCGGCCAUUGUUUUCUUCAUCCCGUUUCUGAUUAUUUUAGUGCUCACUGCCGGUGUUGCAAGAGGGUUGUACCGCUCCCGUAUCACCCGCCGCGUCCUGAUGCAAAGCGUAAGCGCAAGAGAAUCUGGAAAUACAUCUGUGAACAUCAACAACGAACGACUGGUUGCUGAAACGGAAAGAGCAGAAAUGGCCAUAACGAUCAUUGUGAUUACAGCCGCAGUUCUCUUUCUAAUGCUAACCAUACCGACCUGUUUCUACUAUUUUCUAUCGCCCUCAGACUACCAUGGAGACUGCUUGUCCCAGUCUGGCGCCUACUGGGCUCUUUUCAAUCAACUGCAACAUCUUUUAAUGGACGCUACGCAUGUGCUGAAUUUUUUCUUGUAUUUCCUUGCCGCUAAACGUUUCCGGGACCAAGUUUUUAAGCUGUGUCGGUGUCAGAAACGCGAACAGGAAACACAACCACAAACUAUUUCAAGCAAGUUGAGCUCUUCUAGUAAAACCCUCACUUCUGUUAGCGAGCCGACUUCCAAGUAA